UACCCGAGUGUUGAGUCAUCAGUUUUCGGCUGUCGGUGGCUCGAAACGCUUCGAUGAAUUGGCUACGGUGAGCGGCCCCAGUAGUCGCGAAUUCAUUUUGCAGAGCCGCGACUCGAGCAAUUAGUUAUACCUCAAGACUCACUUCCGGUGGAGAUUGGAUAGCAUGGGAAUAGGUUGGUGCUUCGGUGGUCCAGGACCACCACCACCCCCGCCGAUGAUGGGUCCAGGUUUCAUGGGCCCUCACUUUGGCCAUCCAGGAUUCGGUGGUCCGGGUGGAUUCGGUGGACCAGGAUUUGGGGGACACGGUGGAUUUGGUGGUCCUGGAGGAGGAUUCGGUGGUCCGGGUGGAGGAUUCGGGGGUCCGGGUGGAGGAUUCGGGGGUCCGGGUGGUGGAUUCGGAGGUCCUGGCGGAGGAUUUGGUGGAGACAUGGGAGGCGGUGGAUUCGGGGGUGGAGGUGGCGGGUUUGGAGGCGGUGGCGGAGGCGGUGGGGGAGGAGGAGGAUUUUAGAUGAAUGCAGGUGGAGAGAAAGAAGAAGCAGCUUGUGAAUCUGACCGUGCAAGAUCAAAUACUUGAACAGUUAUAAUAUUUCUUAUCUAAGGUUGUGCAACUCAUGAUUAGAUUGAUGGAGCACUAUAAAUCAAAAAAAGACAAGAGUGAACACUUAUAACAAGUAACAAUAAAGGUUCAGUAUAGGUAAAUA